UUUGACCCUGACAAUUACCUACUUUUGAAUAUGCAACAACCUGGCGUAAGUAGUGUAGCUGCGAACGUAUUCAACCAAAUUGACAGGAACAGAAAGGGAGCCAUAACUGCGAAUGAAUUGCAGCAGGCAUUAUCCAACGGAUUGGGGACAUCAUUUAAUAUCAAAACGGUUGAACUGAUGAUAUGUAUGUUUGACAAAGAUAUGAAUGGCACUAUAAAUGUCUAUGAAUUCUCUCAACUAUUUGAGUACGUACAACAGUGGCAACAAUGUUUUCGAUCAUAUGACAGAGAUGGAUCCGGUACAAUCGACUGUCGAGAGUUUCAUACUGCUUUAACAAGCUUUGGUUAUCGAUUGUCUCCAGAAUUUUCACAAUUCUUAAUUAGAAAAUUCGAUAAAAAUCGCCGCGGAUCAGUAGGAUUUGAUAAUUUUAUCUUGGCAUGUGUUUGUUUAAAGGUAAGUUUCAAAAUAUUGUUUCCUAUUUCUGUGAGUCAAAACGUUUUAAUGAUAGAUAUACGAAAAUAAAUAAAGAUAAAAGGCCUUAAAAUACCUGUGUAACUUAUUUAUCGUGUUAGGAAUGUUAGUUGUUCGGACAUUCUGGAAUAUCAUAAUCCCUUCGGCUAUCGGUAAUGUUUUCAUUACUUUACUUUUCAUCUUGUCCAACUUACCCUGAUGAUGUAUAGUGUGGCAACUUGACUUGGCCCACGUCCUUAUUUUCUUUAUGAUUAACCAAAUUUGAAAGCUAGAUAUGUAUUUGUUCUGAAAUGCGACACAACUUCUGCUUUCAGUUUUUACUUUGCUUGUCAUGGUGACUGAGACUAUAUAUAACCUGAGGAAUUUGUUGCUCGAGAUCUUACCAUGCCAAAAGUUCCGUGGGGUAGCAGAAAACUUAAAGUCAGACAUCAAAGUUAUGCUCUUGAUUGUCUUGUAGUGUAAUAGGUUUCACAUGUUUCGGAUGGAUUAUUAACACCCCUAGUAAUGAUGUACAGCUAGAAAAACAAAUUACAAACAUUCAACCGUAAACAGAGCAUACACUCCCUUGACUAAUGAUUUCUGAUCCCUCCUGAAAGUUUUGGGAAGUACAAAGCGUAUGUAGCGAAAAAUACUAUUAGCAAGACGAUCAACUCGCUAUCUAUUGGGCUUCUCGGUCAAGCUCCGUGACCUAAAAGGUCACUGAUACUCAAAUAGGUUUUUCUUCACUUUCAUCGAGUAGUCCUCUUUCAUGAUUAAAGCAUUUGAGAACUAUUGAUUAUCAGUACUCUAACAUCACUCGGGAUUAUCAAUAACUGUCUCCAAUGUUUUCUAAAUUUCCUUCCAUUUCCCCUUGUUAAUCUUUCAGUUUGACUUUAUUUUCCUUCUAAUGCGCAACCAAUUCUAAAGAUUUAAUUUUACGAUGUGUUAUUGCCGCUCUGCUAAAAUUGUGCUCUAUACUGCAAGCCACUCUGUAACAAUUCAUAUUAUUACACACCUAUGUGAUUUAUGUUGACUUUCUGAUAGACAAAUUAAUCCGUUUUUCGAACAGACAAUAAGAAUAUGCAGGUAAGAGCAGGCAAAACGAGCCUAUUCAAUUUCCAUGAGUGUGAUUGUGCAUUGUUUCGUAUGGAUAAAAGCAAGCUAAAGAUAGUUAGUGAAUAGAAUAUGUGAUAGACAAAUCUAUGUACAUACAAGUUCUCUGAAGGUAAUAAGUGAACAGCUGACAAGGUCAAACAUAUAUGUACCUAGUAACUCAGAAAGGUUAGAUUAAUAUAUUUGUCCAUAAGUAGGAAUUGCUACAAAUGCUUUCAGUGUCUUAACCUUAUUUCUAAUCGAAAAAAUAGUUCCACUAACCCAAGAUCCUAGAAUAUCUUCCGUUUGUUGGAUACUGUGUUACAGAAACCCAUGUGUACUUAUUUACCUAGCCAAUAUGAAGGACUUGUUUACCUUAUCCUUUGUAACAGGAGGCUCAACCGCAGCACUUCAUCGUGCUGCAUAUGUAGAUUGACCAUUACGUUUCGCAGAAUGGACUAUCAAUUUUCAACCUAGAGUAGUUUAUUCUGUUUUCAAUUAAGUCGAACAUGCUUCAAGUACUUUUCACUAACCCACUAUCAGCCAACAUCUUAUAUACUAUAUCGUUAUUAGGUUUGUAAAUGUUACUGAAGUUGAGAAGCGUGUAAUUAACUCUAGACGAUGCAUAGAAGCAAGUUAUGAGUCGUUAAUUUCACAAAUCUUAUGGAUUAUAACCGAAUAUCAUUCGUCAAAUUAACAGAUAUAUUAAUUAAGGUUUUGAAAAUGAGAAUGAAUAAGAACGCUCAAAUGUUGAUGUAUUUAUUGUAGUAUAUACCGUUUCUUCCUUCUCACCGUUUGAGAGAUUUUUCAGUUGCAUCUCCCACUGAAAGAUAUAUCAAAGACUAUCAGUUUACUGAAACUUGUUUGUUGCGGUAUGAUUGAUUAAGUCAGAGCUUACUAGUAACUGUCAUGUAGACUGACUCCAUCAAACAGCAUUCCUCAAGAUUGUCCUGUUGUCCUACAUUUCCCUUAGAGGUAACUGUUUCUUCUUAUUAUUUCUCCUUACUGGGUUAGUGACUUCAAGAGGAAUAUACUGUAAUCCACUUUGUCUUGCUGAAGACUUUGUCUUAAGUCAUAUCUGUUCUUGGAGUAAGGCCGGUUGUUGUUUCAUCGUUGGAGAUUUCUACGUGCCGUAUAUCAAAUAAAUAGAGCUUACAACGUCAGAUAGAUGUUUUGACAGCAGCCUGCUGUCAACACAUUCGAGUAUGUCUAAAGUGUGGGAACAAAGUUAUUAAAGGUUAUUUCCAAUCUCCCUUACAAUGGGUGCUUAAAACUCCUGGACCUUUUCCCCUAUCGUAUUGUAGAACGUGAAGUGACCUGAUGUUGACAUUCCGUAUGCUUAAUAACAAUUUGAGGGUUAAUACGUCUCAUCUUUUCGCCCCCUCCAGAACUAAUCUUAUCCGAGGCCAUAGCAAGAAGGUUCAAAACCCGCGAUCUCAUAAACUCAGAGUGGGGUUCCGUUUUUCUCAUCGAGUAGCCAAUGAUUGGAACACCCUCUCCGAACAAAUGGUAUCAGUCCCAUCAGUGAAUAUUUCAGAGAAGCUGUGUUUCAACUGGAAAACGGGCUGCAAGGAUUAACACAGGUCCGCCGACCCACUAUCCUUAUUACUGAAUACUGAAGGCUAUAUAAUCACUUAUUGAUUUCCUAGUUUGAGGCUUAUUAGGAGACUAAAACAAAUGUUUAUUAUUCUCUGGUUUUCAGUCGUAUUCUAAGUGUUCAUUAUUUGAUAAAAAAUAUCUGCAAGUUGUAUAUGAGCUGAUCAUCGUACACAGUAACGAAUUAUACCUGUAUAUGCUUUCUACAUUAUUAAAAACAAUUCAUCCUCCACUUAGCAUUGGUGGUCACUAUUUUAUUUAAUUCAUAAAGAGACGUCCGUACAUUCUUGUCCCCACAUAGUGAUUUUUCAUUUAUAUUGAAUGGUUUAACAUAAUGGUCAGUUUUCGAAUUUUUAUGCGUGUGUCUGCGUGUAAUGAUGUGAAUUCUUAAACAGACUAGCAGUCUAAGGAAAAUAAGCUUCUUGUAUAAUCAUACUACGAUUUUAUAUAGAACUAAAACAGUCAUUAUUGUGUUUUAUUCGCUGUUUAAAUAUAUUUCUAACCCACUGUAACGUAGUCAGACCUAUUGGAUUGUUAUAACUUAAGUCUUAUUAAUAUAUAACGUAAUGAUACCGCCAAUUAGAGAACAGUGAUUUAUCGACCGGACCAAUGACUCAUAAACCCGUACGAGCAGUCUACAGUCCUUAUCAGUCCUUCUCCCUGUCUGUUGAGUCCAGAACACUAGUCUCAGCCUCUGUGAUAGGAUCAUGCAUUUCAAACAGACCACAUCGUACCAUAAAAUAGAAAAUAACAUUUAUGCAUGACCUAGCCAAAAAUGACUGUGAAUGUGGGAGACCGUAAUUAAUAGACUGGGCACAACUCAAGAACAGUAAAUCGUAUAAUAAUAGUCUAUGGGUCAAAACAAAGCUUUUAAUAAGAGGAACACGAAUAUGCAUAGUUUAGCUACUUACCAAUCAUACAAUAAAAAUAUAUGUAACGUAUUGGUCCAUAAACAGUUCUAAAAGGUUACCAUUCAUAAUUCUCAUUGGAAUGAGUUGAAUUCCUUGGGUCAAGCUGCUUACUUACUGUGUAGUCAAUUUCACUUUCUUUGUGACUCAUUUACUAGAUAUCAGCCUUGUAGGUUACUCGAUCUUUAAUAAAUUAGGAUCUAAUUAUUAGGCUUAAUUCUUCUCCAUCACAUCGGUGCUAGAAAUUCAAAUCUGUUAGUUGAAAACUGUGUUCAAUCAUCGCUAAACCUCCGUUUUACUAAGGAACCUAACCUGUAAAAUUUUACAUUCUAUGAUAUUUAAUCAUAAUAUUAUUCAUUUAUCAUUGUUAACUCAUUUCCACUAUUGUCAUUAAUUCAGUCUAAUAAUAGGUAAGGAUAUUAAUUACACAACUAUGGAGCAGUGGCUUGGUGGGUAAAACGUUCGACUUCUAAUUCAUAUUCUAAUCCCGCUCUAAUUGUUUCGAUUUAAGUAACCGGGUGUUAUAACUAUGACGGCAGCAGAUUAGAGGGUAGCGAAUUAUUGAUCGGACCAAAGACGCGCAAACACGUAGAACGACCUAGGGUUCUGAUUGGCCCCGCUUCCCUGUCUAGCCCAGCCAGUUAAGUCCAGAACGCAAGUCUCAGCCUCGGAUAUAUGAAUCCUUAUAUUUCAAACACACUCUGUUUAUAUACUAAUCAAGCAGACCACAUCGUACCAUAAAAUAGAAAAUAACAUUGUACAAUAUUGACCAGUAGGAAAAUGACACGUGAAAUAAGCACUGACCAAUAAGAGAAUAAUACCAUCUCCAAGUCCAAGAAUAGCAUUAGACUUAAUAGAAUAAUUUUUGGAAUAUUUUCCUGAAUAUCCCAACACCGGGUAAUAUCAUUGAACCUUACACUUUGAUUGUUGCCUAUAUCUAAGUACCUAGAGAAUUACUUAAUUUAAAUUAAAAAGUUCAUUGUAUUAAUGAUAUUGUUUGUUUUUUUAAGCCAGUAUACCAUUUACCUUCUAUUAAACUAUUCAUUUUAUCAUUACUACUAUUAUUAUUAUUAUUGUUACAGAAUUUAACUGAUGUAUUCAGACCUUAUGAUUAUCAACGAAAUGGAAUGGCACAACUUAGUUAUGAACAAUUUUUAACUGCUGCAUUCAGUGUAGUUAGUUAGUUAAUUCAACAUUAUUAUUAAUGGUCAAAUAUUAUCAAUAUCCUCUUCUUUAAGAUUGUAAAGAUAAUAAUGCUUACUUAUUUAUAUCGAUCAAGUUAUCAUACUUGACCCAUAUUCUUGUCUAGAAACAAACAAACAUAAAUAUGGAAUAUUAUGUAAUUAUCUAAAUCACUUAUUGUGAAUAUACAAUAUGAUUGGAGACCAUAUCUGUCUGUCUCAUGUAAUUGUCUACAGUGAGGUUACUACUAUAACCAAUAUACUCACUUUUUUUCAUAAUAAAAAAACAACUAAAAUUGC